GGAAGCGUGGCGGCGCCGGGCGGCAGCGGGCGCCCUGCAGCAUAGGAUAUUCACACCUUGCUCUGAAUGGCAGCUUGGUGCCCGGGGUGACCAUGCAGAGAACACUCAGACAGCGACAGCACUUCAGGAGCAGACUGCAGGACCCCAAGGAGCCUGAGAGAUGGAGCUCUACACUGGGAUGACUCCUACAGCCUCCACAAUCCAACACAGCCACAGGACAGCUAUGGAGGAGGAUUCCUGAUUGGUGAACCUGACAUAAGCUGCCGAGAUGGACCAAGGAGAAGAUCAAGAUUAUGAGGCCUCAAAGGACAUGGGUGCUGAGAUCGAUCCCUUUCUGAAUCACUUUGCUAGCACAGAUCCACGGGACUUGUUGGCAGCAGAAUCCGUCGGAGAAGAGGAACAGCUGGAGAACGGUGAUGGAAGUCAGUGUGGUUCCACAGAGGCACGGCAAGGUGACCGCAGGGAGGCAGAGGAGGCUAAGCUGCCUUGCUCUGCUAUCAGCCUGGUGAAAAGACAAGAGAGAAGGGUGGCAGCACCACAGCGAGCCCCUCGUGCAGAGCAGCCCACCAUCUGCUCCGAGUGUGGCAAGGGCUUCAGCCGGAGCAUCCACCUCAUCCAGCACCAGCGAAUGCACACCGGGGAGCGCCCGUUCCUGUGUGGGGAGUGUGGCAAGGGCUUCAGCCAGAGCUCCCACCUCAUCCAGCACCGGCGAGUCCAUACCGGCCAGAAACCCUACACUUGUGCAGAGUGUGGAAAGAGCUUCAGCCAGAGUUCUAACCUCCUGAAGCACCAGCGCAUCCACACCGGGCUCAAACCCUACAUGUGCAGCGAGUGUGGGAAGAUCUUCAGCGAUAGCUCCACCUGCAUCAAACACCAGCGUAUGCACACAGGCGAGCGGCCCUACAAGUGCUCAGCCUGUGGGAAAAGCUUCAGUCAGCACUCCCACCUCCUUCAGCACCAGCAGGCCCACAGUGGUGUCCGGCCUUACUCUUGCGGUCAGUGUGGCAAACGCUUCGGGCAGAGCUCCGACCUCAUUAACCAUGCUCGUACCCACACCGGUGAAAAGCCUUACAAGUGCAGCCAGUGUGGCCGGGGCUUCAGUGGCAACUCCAACCUCAUCAAGCACACCCGCAUCCACACGGGUGAGCAGCCAUACCGCUGCAGCCAGUGCGGAGCAAGCUUUCGUUUCCAGCCCCAGCUGGUGCGCCACCAAAAGCACCAUGCAGGGUAGUUGGCCACGUGGAUGAUGGGCCAUGGACCUGGUGCCGUUGGAUGCUUCAUAUGGGGUGUGAACUGGGGCAGGGAGCCCUCAGAGCCUGUGUCCUUCUGGCUUGAUCGGUCUGUGACCACUGCCUAGGCACUCAGCCUGCACUGAAUGAACUAGCGCAGGUUCACUGCGUGAGGUAGCAGUUCUCAGCCCCUCUUCGAGGGAAGAAAGAUACUUACCGUGGGGUUGCAAUUCUCAGCCCCUCUUCGAGGGAAGAAAGAUACUUACCGUGGGGUAGCAGUUCUCAGCCCCUCUUUGAGGGAGGAAAGAUACUUACCGUAUGGUGUGUCCAAGACCAGGAGGGAGAGACAUUCCAAGGAUCAGUGCCUUCUUUUGUUAUUCUUAGAGGGUUGUGAUUUUUGUCCUAAAAUCUGUUUGCUGUAUAAAUUGCCUGGGUUUUGCCUUUGUUGUAAAGCCAUAGCUUAGCAUGAUUGCUCCCCUCAGAAUCCACAUCUCCCACUUGGCAGUUUUCUUGGGUUUAGGUGGUGUUAGCUAUUUAUUUCAAACCCCUGCAACACAGAGUUCGAUGCCUCAGAGUGUAUGUCACAGGCCCAGCCAUCCUCUGUGCGGGCCACUCUGGAACUGUAUUUCUGCUCGGUUGGAUAGCUGUUAAAUUGGCAGGUUCUCAGAUGAUGAUGCUUUGUCCUCAGCAGUUUGACAGCUUUGUCCUCAGCAGCUUAAGUAAAUUAACAUCCUAAUAGGUACUUCUCUCAGAUUCUUGUUUAGGCGCUUUUGUGGGUGGCACUUUAUGAAUGUUUUUAUAAGGCUUUUAAAAGUAUUUAGGAUGACUUUUUUUAAUUGUGAUUUUUUAAUUGACAGUUGAUGAAAAGAAAGAGGAUGAUGUUUCAAAAUAAGCUAUGUCAAACCGAUUUUGUAUUCAGUGUUAAAUAUCUUUUCUUGCAUAAAAGCUUUUAACUCUAACACCGCCUUUGAGUUGUUAAUGAUUGCAAAGAGUUGAUGUUGACAUUGAUUUCUAGAAUUCCCAUGAAUUUUUGCAGGUGGUUUUGACAUCUUCUUUAGUAAUGACUGUCUAAGGAAUAUGGGGGAGGCAGAAUUCUGAGAAAGCAGAAUGAACUGACCUCUGAAGAGAUCUUCACUUUGAGGAGAAAAAUACUACUGCUGGGAGUCUGUCCUUACAAGGAAAUUUAGCUCAAACGACUGCUUGGUACGGGGGAGGAGAGAACUGGCAGUAAUAACAAAUAUGUUAAUAUCUCUAGCGCGGAAGAACUCCCUGUAAUGAACGUAGCAAUAUAUACUGAAAUGCCUGUUCCACCCACAGAGCCAAACAGUUGAAGAAAUCAGUGUGCUUUAGGCAAGAAAACGAAGUGCUUGAAUCUGUUGUUCUGUAGAAUUUCUAUUUUCAGCGUUGUUUAUCAGCCCAACACUAACAAUGAGCAUUCUCAUGAAGAUGAGCUUCCAAAUAGCAGAUAUCAGUAAGGACCAAAAGAAGGUCCAGCUUGAAAAGCAUGGGAUUUUGAAAGAAGCAAGCUCUGAACAGCAGCAUUAUGAUUGGAAUUACAGGCUGAGUAAUGUAGCACACCUUAACUUCCAGCUGCUAUGCUCAGCUUCAUUCUCCACUGGCAACAG